AUCGAACCCACGCGUCACACCAAGAAACGCAGGAAAACCCGUCACCACAACUUCUAUCAUUUCUCUUCACAAACCACAAACCAUCUUCAACCACAACCAUGAUGUGGGAAUGGGACCAAGACGAACACCACCACCACCACACCACCUCCCCAAAACCCGACCAAAUCCCCGACCCUAACUCCUAUCUCAACUUCGAUUUCUUCUCACCUCUCUCCAAACCCAAGGAUUAUUACAAGAUACUGGAAGUCGAUUACGAUGCUGAUGACGAUGCUAUUCGCUCCAAUUACAUUCGUCUUGCUCUUAAAUGGCACCCGGAUAAGCAGAAAGACCAGAACUCUGCUACGUCCAUGUUUCAAGAUAUAAACGAGGCAUAUCAGGUUUUAAGUGAUCCAGAUAAAAGGAGAGACUAUGACAUAAAUGGGAUGCGUUACGAAUAUGAUUACAAUAUCAUUGAUUAUCUUAACCGUUACAAGGGUCUUAUAUUGACUUGCAAUGGCCUCGGCAUAAAACAAUCGAUAUGGUAAAGCAAACCGGAAUCACUCACAUCCAUCCAGUGCCUCUAGGACAAUUUUUUGAAGUACCUGGCACUGCAUGCCAUGCUCUGUAAUGAAAACACAUGCUUAUGAUGUCCUGGAGGGUUAGGUUCAUGCUGCUUUAUGUAUAAAAAGAAACAUAAUCUAAAUGGGAUUUUCUACUUGUAAAAGCCAAAUGUUAUCAUAUUCUCUUUGAUUGAUAUAUUUCUUACUUUCUCUUUA